GACGGGAGCUCCGGGACGCAGCGGAGGGGCCGCCUUGGUUGUCUCCUUCGAGGCUGGGGCAGGGGAGGAAGAGGAGGGUGGAGAAAGAGGAGGAGGAUGGCGGAUAGGGGAGGGGGAUGGCGGAGAGUGUCCCGCCCGCUGGGAGGCCCGCACCCAGUGGGCGUGGCGAUGGGCGGGACAGCGCGUGGCCCCGCCCCCGUGACGCUGUGCCGGAAGUGGGCGCGGCGGCGGCCGCCGGUGCCGGUGCGGGUCCGCCAUGGAGUUCCCGGACCUGGGCGCCCACUGCUCCUGGCCCGCCUGCCAGCGCCUGGACUUCCUCCCCCUGAAGUGCGAUGCCUGCGAGCAGAUCUUCUGCACCGACCACAUCGCUUACGCCCAGCAUGACUGCACCUCUGCCUACAAGAAGGAUGUGCAGGUCCCCGUGUGUCCCCUCUGCAACACCCCGGUCCCCGUGAGGCGGGGGGAGAUGCCCGAUGUUGUGGUGGGUGAACACAUUGACCGUGACUGCAAGUCCGACCCUGCACAGCGCAAGCGUAAGAUCUUCACCAACAAGUGCAUGAAGCCUGGCUGCAAGCAGAAGGAGAUGAUGAAGGUGAUCUGUGACCAGUGCCACAAGAACUACUGCCUCAAGCACCGGCACCCCCUGGACCACGACUGCAGCGGGGCAGGACGUCCCCUCUCCAAAGCAGGGCACGCUGCGGUUGUGAGGGCCCAGGCAUCCUCCUCCAAAACAGUCACCGCGUCGAGCAGUGGAGCUGCCCGGCCAGCAGACAGCCCCUCUUCUCCAGCCUCUGCCAGAGGAGGUAGAGCAGCUGCAUCGCAGACUCGCAGCACCUCCCCUCCGGCUGUCAUGCUGCAGAACGGGCUGAGUGAGGAAGAGGCACUGCAGCGAGCUCUGGAGAUGUCCCUGGCAGAGUCCGCACGCAGCUCGGCGCAGCCACCCAGCAGCACGCAGGAGGAGGAGGAUCUGGCACUGGCCCAGGCGCUGUCAGCGAGUGAAGCUGAGUACCAGCAGUCGCAGCGGCAGACGCACGGUUCAAAGCCAUCAAACUGCAGCAUGUCGUAGGCAGGCUGUGCCAGUGGACGUGGCAUCCUGCUUGUGACCUGAGGAGCAGCUCUGGCCUCCCACGUGGAUGCCGUGGGGUUCUGGCCUGGACAUUGACAAGAAGAGCCCCCCGCCAGGGACAGCUCAUCUCCCUGGGGGCUGUAACCGAGCCACCAAACACACAUUGACACCUCAGCCCUAGUACCUGUAUAAAAUCAGUGCAGCAAAUUGCUGAUGCUCCUGAAGAGGUGAAGACGGUGCAGGACGAGGCUGAGCACACACUGACCAAAGCAAGCAGCAGCCCACGGUGUGCAUUUAGCCACAGCUGCUGUGGCCGUGUCCCAGCGCUUCUGGGACUGUGGGGUGAGGGCAGAGCUUCCCCAGAGGGGAAGUGCCAUGUGGGGGACAUCUCUGCAUGCGCGGACAUACAGCUGGGAUGCGGGAGGAUGGAUUUCACGCUGCAGGGAGGGACAGGCCAGCCCCUCACCAAAGAGCAACUGGGGCUGGGCCAGUCUCUCACAUGGGCACGGCACAGCUGGAUAUGCAGCCUCCCGGCAGCGUGAAGGCAGCCCCUUCCCCACUCCCCGUGGCCCUGGUGCCUCCCCUGGCGUUUGCAUGCACAAGAGCACGUUGGGCCUUAUCCAACUCGGCUGGGGCCCAGGACCUCUCUGAGACUGAAUGGAGCUGCAUUUCCUUUCUGAUUUAAUUUAACAAGGGCCAUUAACUGAAAAGUAACCUCAGCAGUGACUUGACUGGGCCGGCAUCGCUCGUACGGGAGGACUGCAUCUGCCUUCCUGCUCCUGGCUGCUCUCUGCUGCCAUAAACUCUCCCAGGGCCCUGGUUUAUUGCUGCUGGGGCAGGAACACCCUCCUUCCAGCUAUGCUGCGGGGCGUCCUCUCCUGGGGAGCAGCAGCACAGAAACCCUUCUUGCAACUGCAGCCCUGAGCCUGGAGCCAGCCCUUCCUUGCUGGUGUUUGGAGCCAGGAGCUGGGGUGCCGGGGGCUGCCCUUGGGGUGGGGGGGAUUCUUACAGCGGGGGAUGUAGCUGUGCAGGGCAGUGCUGUUUUCCCACUCCCUCUCUUGAGCUUCCCUGCUGGAAGUGCUCCUGCCUGUGAGGCUGCAUCUGGUUCUGCGCAGGGCUGGGCUGUCCCGCUCCGAGCAGCAGCAUGCAGCCGGUGGGGGGGUUAUCUGCUGGCAGUGCCUCCCCGGGGCGGGAGGUGGGAUCAGGCUGGGCUGAGGGAAUGCUGAGACUUUGUCAAAGCGCUGCUUGGGAGAAAAUAAAAGCAUAGCACGAGCUGCGGAGGUGCUUUGGGGGAGCUUGGUGUCCAGCCCAGAGUGGUGCAAAUCUGCGGAUGGUGGCAUGAGGAGGUGCAAGGGGGGGGACAUGUGGAGGUGAAGGGGGCACCAGCUGCGCUUUAUCCUUCCUUUGCCACUGGAGUGCAGCCCCCCCACCAUGCUCGACCUUUCCUGCAGGGAUGGGGCAGGCGCUGACAGCCUGCUCUGCCCCUCGCCCAGCUAAGCC